AGAACCCGUCGAGAGUAGCAACCGAACAUCCUGGAAACCUAUGAACCGUUCUCUUUAUUCAUCCAGAAACUUCUGUGUUCUUCCACCAAUCAUUCUCUCACCCUCCUAUAAAUUCUAGGGUCCACCGGUGUUGCUCAUCGUAAACAAAGCAGCUCGCGCAAAAGCAGAGUGAAAGGAGACUUCAGCGACUCCGCAGAAGAAGAUCAUGGAUAUCAGAUUCUCCGCCUUGGAUUCACCAAUAUUCCACGCUCUCCAGCACAUGAUGGACGUGACGGACGACGCUGCCGAUAAGUCUGUCAAUGGUCCGAGCCGGACAUAUGUGCGCGAUGCGAAGGCUAUGGCUGCCACUCCGGCGGAUAUCAAGGAGUAUCCUAAUUCGUACAUGUUCAUCAUCGACAUGCCGGGCCUGAAAUCUGGGGACAUCAAGGUUCAGGUGGAGGACGACAAUGUGCUUCAGAUAAGCGGGGAGAGGAAGAGGGAGGAGGAGAAGGAAGGAGCCAAGUACGUGAGAAUGGAGAGAAGGGUUGGCAAGUUUAUGCGCAAGUUUGUGCUACCUGAGAAUGCAAAUACUGAUGCCAUUUCUGCCGUAUGCCAAGACGGAGUGCUCACUGUUACCGUCGAGAAAUUGCCUCCGCCGGAGCCUAAGAAGCCCAAGACUAUUGAGGUCAAGGUAGCUUAG